CGAAAAUGAAGAGCAACUCAAACACUAAGCUCAUACUUCUCCACCCUUCUCUUCACAAACAAACACUCCCAAACCCAAUCUCCUCUCACCGCCUAUGGCUCUUCUUCUUCCUCACCCUCUCCACAAUAAUCUUCACUCUAACCCUCAUUAACACCGCAUUCUCCCCCACCACCUCCACCUCCUCCUCCACCGCCAGCGCCUCUCUUCCACCCUCCGUCGCCAAAGCCCUUCUCCACUACGCUUCCGCCUCCAACUCCACCGCCAAACCCAUGUCCUCCGCCGAAAUCACCGCCAUCUCCGCCACCCUCCUCCGCACCCCCAACCCCAAUUUCCUCAUCUUCGGCCUCACCCACGAAUCCCUACUCUGGCACGCACUCAACCACCAUGGCCGCACCGUGUUCCUCGACGAAAACGAAUACGCCAUUUCCAAGUUCGAGCAAUCCAACCCUGGCAUCGAAGCCUACGACGUUCAGUUCACUACCAAAGUGAGCGAGUACCCCAAGCUUCUCUCGCACGCCAAAGCAGAGUCCAAAACCGAUUGCAGACCCGUGCAGAACCUCUUGUUCUCCGAAUGCAAGCUCGGAAUCAACGAUUUGCCCAAUCACAUAUACCAAAUCGCUUGGGACGUUAUUCUUGUUGACGGGCCGCGUGGGUAUUUUCUGGCGGCUCCUGGGAGGAUGUCGGCGAUCUUCACAGCGGCGGUGCUUGCUCGGAGCAAGAAAUCGGGCAAGACGCACGUGUUCGUACAUGAUGUUGGGAGAGAGGUGGAGAGGGUUUUCAGCGAUGAGUUUCUCUGCCAGGAGAAUUUGGUGCAGUCGGUUGAUUCGUUGGCGCAUUUCGUGGUGGCGAGUGAAGUUGAGAAUGGAAGAAGCGGUGUGUUUUGCAGAAAUUCUAGCUCCGAUGCAUCUUUUUCGUCGUUGCCGACGUCGAAGGAUGUCGACGCAGAGGAUUAGGAAUUUACGAUGCAAUGUAAAAUAAUAUAUUUUCUUUUUUCUUUUUCUUUUUCCUUUUAAAUAUUUUAAUAGAAAAGGAAUGUAAUUUAAUUUGGCGUAAUGAUAGUGGCAUGCUUUUCUCCCCAAAAGAA